CUCUACGCGAGCGGGCCGCUUCUCCCAUCCAGCCGCGCACGGCGUCGCCGGAACCGGAGAAGGGAGGGAGGAAGGGAGCGCGAGAUGGACAAGGCCAAUAAGCUCAGCGCCGGAGCGGGGGAGAAGGCGACCAAGAGCAGGAGCCACGGGUCCACGGCGCUGUUCGUCGCGGUGGACUACGCGUUCCUGCUCGCCUUCGCCGGCUUCCUCGCCUACCUCGUCGGGUCGCGGAUCCUCCCCUCCGCCGCCGGCUCCGCCUAGACCGGCCCGCGUUCGUGGAUCUCUCUUCUUUCUUCCACGUUUUUUUUGGAGCCGAUGGCUGCGGGAGCACCGGGAUCUUGCCGGGUGGUUCUCGUCUCGGAAUCGAUCUCGAUCUGAUGCCGCUCCCGCGAUGUAAUCUGGCGACAAUUUGACGAGAAGAGAACUAGCGGUGUGUUUCUUGGCAACUCGCCUGGUAA